AUGGAUGAUUGUCUCGACAUCUUCGGUCAACAGACCUUCACUAUCAAUAUUCAAUCAUGUUUCUGCUUUCCCCUCCAAGACAACUCCGCAUGCCCCAAAAACAUCGACACACUUACCAAAGGUCUUGAGAGACUCAGUACAAGCUUUCCGUGGUUAGCAGGUCAGGUUGUCAAUGAGGGCUCGGGAGAUGGUGAUACGGACAACCAAGAUGAAUCGGCGCCUGUCUUCCUCAUUCGAGCGAAUUUUAUAACGGGAGGCCUUCUCACCUUCGUCGCCCAGCAUAAUGUUAUGGAUGCGACGGGCCUAACUAAUAUCAUCCAUUUAUUUUCUAAGGCCUGUCGAAACGAGGACUUCACAGACAAGGAGCGUUGGGACGGCAAUCUCUCUCGCCGAGAUAUAGUUCCCUUGCUCGAAGACAGCCAUAUGGCAGGUGCCGAGCUCAAUCGUUACAUGAUCAAUGCUAUGGCAUCCCUCGCACCGCCAUCCUUCGUCUCCACUGACGAUAGUCUCACAGCCUUUAUCUGGCAAUCUGUUGCUCGGGCUCGUCUGCGGCGGUUGGACUCCUCCACUCACUCGACCCUAUGUACGGGGCAUUCUCGCAAUGUAUAUACUGGGUUUCCGAUGAAGAGACUCAUUGAGGAGCCACUGGGUACCAUUGCACUGCAGCUUCGGUUUGCCCUAAGCGACAAAUUGCGCCUGGAACACCACACGCGCGCCAUUGCAACCUUCCUGAGCCGUACGCCUGACAAGAGUAAAUUCUCCUUUGGCGCGUCGAUAGAUACAACAACGGACCUCAUUCCCAGUUCGUGGGCGAAACUGGAGGGCUGUUGCUCCGACUUCAACCUUGGUUUGGGAUUGCCCGAGGCUGUACGAAAGCCAAGAUGCAAUGAGGUAGAGCGUUUGACCCUUCUAUUGCCCAAGACACUUGAGAGCAAUGUGGUAGUUGCGAUAUGUCUACGGGAUGGAGAUGUAGCAGAGCUGCGGUCUGAUGUCGUCUUUCAUGAGCAUGCGGAGUCCAUUGGAUAG